GCCGUUGCCAUGGUAACUCCGCCACGACCCCCCCGGAGGACUACGCCCCCCAUCAGCCCGCGCGGCGCGGCGCCGGCUGUGAUUGGCCGGGAGUACGGAGCCAAUGGGAAGCGGCGUUGUUGGCGGGCGGAGCGAAAUGGCGGCGCUGGGCCCGGUGUGGGCGCGGGCCGGGGGCCGCAGCUUUUCCCUGCUGCGAGGUUUUCCCUUCCCGCUGCUCCCAAACGCUCUGGAGCCGCUCCCCGGGAGCUCCGGCGCCGCCGCUCUCCGCCGCGUCCCGGUGCCGGCGUGGGAUUUCCAACAAACCCGCGGCAAGUGCCGGGGGAACGAGUACCAGCCCAACAACUGGAAGCGGAAGAAGACUCACGGCUGGAUCAAACGGAUCAGAACUCCCGGCGGGAUCGCCGUGAUCCUGCGCCGGAUGCUGAAGGGCAGGAAAUCCCUGAGCCACUGAGGGAGCGCCGGGAAUGCCCCGGGAAUGCCCCGGGAAUGCCCCGGGAAUGCUCCGCGGAUUCGGGACGGUCCCGCCGGGCCCUGCAGGGGGAGCCCAGCCCUGCUGGCCCUGUCACCUGCGCCCCUCUGCGGGGUUUGGGGCGCGGUCGCCGCUGCGGUUGUUAAAUCACCCUCGCGUGUUUGUUCCAAAGUUUUAAAAUUUCUGUUUGUUUAUAAACGCGGGGGUGCGGAGCGUGCCGAGA